CCACCCCCCUGUCUGCCGGUAAAAUGGUACGACCCCUAGCAUAAAGUGCGGAUACGCUCUGUAACUUCAACUGACAGCUGCAAAAACCGGGAGACAAGACAACGUUAAACUUGCGGAGUCACAUCCAAACCUUGCCAAAAAAAAAAAUGGAGUGGACCGCGAUGGAGAUCAACCCAGAGAUGCUGAACAAGAUGAUGAGCAAGCUAGGUGUGGGUGAAAGCUGGCGCUUCGUGGAUGUGCUGGGGCUGGAGGGCGAGCAACUCUCCGCCGUCCCGAAACCAUGCUGUGCCCUGAUGCUACUCUUCCCACUGACACAACAGCACGAGUCUUUCAGAAAGAAGCAGGCAGACAAGGUUGCAGAAGACUCCGAGGUAUAUUUCCUGAAGCAGACUGUUGUCAAUUCCUGUGGCACUGUCGCCCUGCUGCACGCUGUGGCCAACAACAAAAGCAAAUUGACUUUUGAUAGUGACUCUGCCCUGAAGAAAUUUCUCGAUGAGACUGCAAAAAUGUCUGCUGAUGACCGUGCCAAACAACUGGAGAAAAACAAGGCAAUUUGUGAGGCUCACAAUGAGGUUGCAGUGCAGGGCCAGUGUAGGCCAGAGGCCGACAAAGUCAACUUCCACUUUAUUGCCUUUGUCAAUGUAAAUGGACAACUUUUUGAAUUUGAUGGGAGAAUGAAUGGACCAAUGAAACACGGAGCCACCAAAGAGGAAUCUUUCAUAAUGGAUGCAGCCAAAGUGUGCCGUGGAUUCAUGGAAAGAGAGCAAGGCGAAGUCCGUUUCUCUGCAGUGGCUCUUUGUCACAGUUAGAUUAUUGGUUGGAAACAGGACCAAACUGUAAACCAAAAUGUCUUGGAGCAUUCACACAGCAAACACAAUCAGCAGGCACCCAGAAUGAUCUGUGUACACAUACAUCUGCAGACACUAUGCACUAUAAAGCACAUUUUGUUUCCACAUAUUGCACUCUCAUCUCAUGAACAAAGCAUUCUUUAGCAUUAGCACAUGUACACACAAACACAAUCAAACCCUUUUGUUCCGCUGACAAUAACUGAUAGAAGCUUGUCAAAAUCCUUUUAUGUGAUAUCAAUUAGCAGUGAAAAUUGUAAAACAUGAGGUCAGAUCUCACCAAUGCUUGUGUGCAUGUGUAUUUAUCUUUUUGCAACUUAUUGUAUGUAAUCAUUGGUACAUCUAGGUCAAAGUCAAGAGACUGAUGCUUAAGAACCUUCUGUGCCAAUAAGAGUGAGUAGGAAAAGGCAGAAAACUUGUUUAGGGAAACUUUUUGCCUGUUUGUCUGAAUGCCUUUAUUUGCUGUGUGGUUGAGCUUGUAAGGAUCUGAAAUUCCUCAGAAGAGCCCAAAUGUAUCUGUAGGAAUAAUUAAACCAUUGUUCAGAGCAGGCACGCAACCUUUUUGAGUCAUGUUCCUGGAUGUAAUAAUGAACAUUUCUCUGAAAAACUGAGGUUUUCUUUGAGAAGUUUGAAUUUAAAGUACAGAAUUAAAGUGAUGGUGGCGGAUUACAGAUAUUUUCUUUAUUUAGGGCAUGGCCAUUUUCAGGAAUGGAUCUGUUUAAUUGACUUAUGUUUGUAUUUUAUUUGAAAAUGGCUUUUUUCCAGUUAACAAUCCAAAAAUGCUCAAAUAGUCAAAUGCACUAUUACUGUGCAAGUUUAACACAGAAAAUACAAAACUUCCAGUCCAAAUAAAGUGCUACUGUAUGUUGGGUUGUUGUAGUGCAGUGCAGGGUGAUUAGUACUGUAUGUCUAGGCUGUGUUCAAAUUGUUUACCUUUCUGCACUUUCCAAAUACUAUGUUGCUGUAGUUCUGCUGUUGAUGCAGCUGUGGGAAUUCAAUAAAGCAACCAUUAAACUU